AUGCUGUCCAAACCAAGGCGGGGCAGUACACCUGUGUCUUUUAUCAAGAAACUGAGGAAGUCCAGCUCUGUGCAGAGCGUAGGCGUGGAUACCCCCACUCAUCCCCGGGCCAUCGGCAGACUACUGGAGCUGAAACCUGACGGGACUCAAACCGUGGAGCUGACACGACCACCUCACGGGCCUUUCGGAAUCUACAUCGCCAGGGCAACGGCACAAUACAACUACAGUGUUUUCGUCACUCGGUUCUCAGACGGUCACCCAGAGAAACUGUUUGCAGGUUUGCUGAAUGUGGGCGAUGAGAUUUUGGAGAUCAACGAUUCGUCUGUUAAGAAUCUUUCCCUGGAUGAGGUGUAUAACUUGAUGGGGUCUACAGACACCAUGGUGCUGAGGACGGUGCCGGUGUGGUGCCGAGAAAAGUACACCGCCCAGUGAGCAAUGAAUGGAAGAUUUAGUCAGUGUAAUGUGCAGUUCAGAGAUGAAACUUUCUGAGGAGCUAAGA